AUGGACCAGCAGCCCGCGGUGGCAGUCGGCGCGGCAGCUGAGGCGGAGGCUGAGGAGGAGGCGGAUCCAGUGGUGGCAGACUUGCUAAUGCCCCAGGUCACUAAGGACAGGGACCCAGAACCCAAUCGAAUGCAGAUGCCGCAGGGGAACCCUCUGUUGCUGUCCUACACCCUGCAGGAACUACUGGCCAGGGACACCGUGCAGGUGGAGCUUAUUCCAGAGAAGAAGGGCCUCUUCCUGAAGCACGUGGAAUAUGAGGUUUCCAGCCAGCGCUUCAAGUCUUCUGUGUACAGACGGUACAAUGACUUUGUGGUCUUCCAUGACGUGCUGCUACACAGGUUUCCGUACCGAAUGGUGCCAGCCCUGCCACCCAAGAGGAUGCUGGGAGCUGACAAGGAAUUCAUAGAGGCCAGAAGGAGAGCCCUGAAGCGCUUCAUUAACCUGGUGGCCCGACAUCCCCCAUUCUCCGAGGAUGUCAUGCUCAAGCUGUUCCUCUCAUUCAGUGGUUCAGAUGUGCAGAACAAGUUAAAGGAGUCAGCUCAGAGUGUUGGCGAUGAAUUCAUGAAUUGUAAACUGGCUACUAGGGCCAAGGAUUUCCUGCCAGCUGACAUCCAGACCCAGUUUGCUGUUAGCCGGGAGCUGAUCCGAAAUAUCUACAACAGCUUUUAUAAGCUUCGAGACAGGGCCGAGAGGAUUGCAUCGAGGGCCAUUGACAAUGCUGCUGACCUUCUCAUAUUUGGGAAGGAGUUAAGUGCAUUAGGGUCUGACACGACUCCGCUGCCCUCCUGGGCCACUCUGAACAGCAGUACGUGGGGGGCUCUUAAGCAGGCUCUGAAAGGCCUGUCUGUGGAGUUUGCGCUGCUUGCCGACAAGGCUGCACAACAGGGUAAACAGGAGGAGAAUGAUGUGGUGGAGAAACUGAACCUCUUCUUGGAUUUGCUCCAGUCCUAUAAAGACCUAUGUGAGCGGCAUGAGCGGGGUGUGCUGCACAAGCACCAGCGGGCCCUGCACAAGUACAGUUUGAUGAAGAGGCAAAUGAGUGCUGCUGUGCAGAACCGUGAGCCGGAGUCUGUGGAACAGCUUGAGUCCCGCAUUGUGGAGCAAGAGAAUGCUAUUCAGACAAUGGAGCUUCGGAACUAUUUCUCCCUGUACUGUCUGCACCAGGAGACACAGCUCAUCCAUGUCUACCUGCCCCUCACCUCCCACAUCCUUGGGGCCUUCGUCAACUCUCAGAUCCAAGGGCACAAGGAGAUGAGCAAGGUGUGGAAUGACCUGAAGCCCAAGCUGAAUUGCCUCUUUGUGGGACCACACAGUGUACUGACCCCACCUCGCUCCCCACCAGAGGAUGGCAUGUGUUCUCACUAGUGCCUGAGGCCCACUGCAAGAGCGCCCUGCGGCCUCACUAAAACCUCUUUCCAAA